UAUUUCAGACGCGCAUGCGCAGUGCUUCAGUCAGAAUGGCGGCCAGGCUCCUGUUGAGAUCCGCGACCCGAGCUGUGGUUUUGCGUCACCGGACUCUUCCAGCACCCGCUGUCGCUCGAGCUCUGGCCUCCGGGGGUAUUCCCACAGAUGAUGAGCAGGCCACCGGUCUGGAGAGGAUUGUGAUGGAAGCUUCCAAGAAAGGAUUGGAUCCAUAUAACAUCUUAAAACCGAAGGAGUACGCCGGCUCCAAACAAGACCCUCACAUCGUCCCCUCCAUCUCCACCAAGAGGAUCGUGGGAUGUGUGUGUGAAGAAGACAACACUGCGGUGGUUUGGUUUUGGUUGCAUCAGGGUGAAGCGCAGCGCUGUCCGUCCUGCGGCGCCUACUAUAAACUAGUUCCACAUGAGUUACCCCAUUAAAACACACACUUUACCACAGUGGAGACGUAAACACUCCUGUACUGACACACACACACACACAUACACACACACACACAGUCUGCUUGUUUACAGGCUGAAGAGUAGAAAUGCACUUUAUGAGGACCCUCAGUAGCUCUUUGCUUUCUGAUUAGAUGCUAUA